AAGUUCGUAGUCGUCCUUGCCUAGUUUCUCAAUCCACUCUCUGCAGCACUGGGUUGAUCGUACCUAUACUACUCAGCUUCAACAUUUUCAUUCGGCGGCCAUGUUCGCGGGCAGGAACGCCGCAUAUGGAAUACUUUGUCCACUGACGACGCCUUUCGGCAUUCUUAGGAUUGUCUGUUUCAAUGGAUUGACGGACUGCGUAGGACUUGCUAUCAUUGGCAAAUGCAAAUCAUGCUCCGUAUAAGCACAAUUUGUAUCUCUCUAAACUUGAUCCAUCGGUUUCGCAUCGCCAACACUACGAUUAUGGUCUUCCAAAUACAACGUGCCGGUGCUUCGCUGGACUCCCCCAUCUAUUCAGCUCGCAGUAUUUAAACCAUCCAUAGAUGGCAAGAAUAUACCUCACUCCAUUCAGCCAACUCAAACAUCCCUAACAACCAUGUCUAUUCCUACUUCACAAAGGGCCCUUAUCCUACCCCAGAAGCAUGGUAAAUUCAUCGUCGAAACGUACCCUGUCGAAAAACCUGGCACUGGAGAAUUACUCGUCCGCAUUGAGUCAGUAUCUUUAAAUCCUAUAGACUGGAUAGUCCAAGCGUUGGGCGUCUUGAUUACCGACUAUCCCGCUAUCCUUGGCCUUGACUCCGCUGGUGUUGUCGCUGCUGUCGGUGAAGGUGUCACCUCCUUCGCUGUUGGCGACAAAGUCCUCAACCAAGGCUCCUUAGCACCUCGUCAGGGCACGUUCAAGCAAUAUACAUAUGUUACUGCGGAUUCCGCUGCAAAGAUUCCUGCCAACUUGAACUUCGACCAGGCUGCCACAGUUCCGCUGUGUCUCGCCACUGCGGCUGUCGGGCUCUAUGCGCAGCCUGGAGGCGGUGGCGGCGCCGGUUUGAUUCCCGCAUGGGAAACAGAGGGUCGCGGAAAAUACGCUGGCCAGACUAUCGUUAUAUUUGGAGGAGCUACGUCCGUGGGUCAAUUCGUCAUUCAGCUUGCAAAGCUGUCUGGAUUUUCUACCAUUGUCACCACUGUGUCUCCUCACAACAACACUCUCGUCAAAUCCUUGGGAGCGACUCACAUGUUUGAUCGCCGUCUCUCGUCGCAGGAAAUAUUCAACGAAAUUAGGAAGAUAGCUUCUGACUCUGUCAAAAUCGCCUACGCCAUCGCAGGCGAUCCCUUGAUCCAGGAUCUAGCCUACGAUCUGGUGGCGUCGGGAGGAACAGUUGUCUCUGUGCUUCCGUCGCAAAUUCCCCAGGAGAAGCUCACACCUGAUAAGAAGUUUGUUACUGUUAAUGGCAAUUUUCGUACCCCUGAGAAAAGGGCCCUUGGAGUUAGCCUUUACAGUCGUCUUCCGGAACUACUCGCCUCGGGCGAGCUCAAGCCCACUAGCGUUGAGGUACUUCCUGGAGGAUUGUAUGCCAUUGCCGAGGGUUUGGAGAGAAUGAAGAAGGGCGAAAUAAGCGCCGGUUUUAACACAGAAUCAAUCUGCAUGACGUUGUGCGAAACAAGAACAUGAGAAUAAUGCCAGCGCUUGUUGCAACUGCGAUUCUUUCCUAGUUUCAUCACCAUCCAUCGCUAUGUUAUGUAGAAGUAU